AGACUGGCAAAGAACGAACACAAUUCCGCAAGCAUAUUUACACGUUGAAGAAAAGAGCUUUGGCUGAUCUAUUUAAGGGGUUGAGAAAAAUGGGUAAGUUUAAAACGUUAUUUUUACUACGUUUAUUUUAUAUAUCUUGAAAGUAUUCUAAACUUUAGAAUAAAUCAGUCAUGUUUAAAACAAUUCUAAAACUGAAACGCAUGCAGCCUUUAUUAUCUCGCCUUCAUUAGUUUAAAUGUAUUAUAAUCAUUCAUUUAAUCGUAGACAUAACGUGUAUCUGCUCUUUCAGGUUUAUCAUACCGAAAAGGGAUAAGUCUUCGUCAAAAGAAUUCUCUAAAGGAUCCGAUGAUGGUUAAUUGUAGUAAUGUAUUGCGAAUAUUAAGGAAUAUGGAUAUACUAUUUAUGAAUAAGUGAGUAAUAUUGAUGGGAACUUCGAGAAGGUGUAUGUUCUGAUCACGGCCGGAUUUUGAGGGGAGGUGUGGGAAAGUGCGCAUCUCCCCUAAGAUCGUUUUGCACCUCCUCUGAAAAGUCAUGCACCUCCCCUUGGCAAAGUUUGAAUGAUAGAUAAAAGUGAAAAUUUGACAUUUUUUGGUUGCAAAGGGUCUACACUUCGUAAGAAAGUUUUUUCUGUAAAAUUGAAACUGUGAUAGCCAUUCAUUAUUAAUCUCUGUGUCAAGUACCCUUUUAAAGCAAUGUUUUGAAAGAAACUUUGUAGUACUUGUAGUGAAGGGCAAAAUUGGGUGAGUUAUACAGUCAUAAUUCAUUAAUACACUGUUAUGUUGUACCUUGUAUUGUAAAAUAACUGGAUAGGAAACUUCCUGACGUCACAGUCUAAACCUAGUUGCAAUCUGUGACGUCACGUGUAUUGCCAACGUUCUCAGCAUUUUUGUUGUUUCGCUAUAUUUUCCGCUUUAAAAGAGUAAUAUUGAAGCAUAAACUGGUCUAAUUGUUUUAAAAACGUGCCUAAGCGACGAAAAAGUAUUCAAGGUAAAUGUUUUUCGUCUUUGUUUUGUAUUUUUUUACAUUUGUAGCUACGAAAUUUUUACGAAAUUUGCGAUGCAUUUUUCACUGUUUAGUGCUUGCAAUAUUUGCUAAAAUUGACCGGGAAUACUUAGAGAUUUCAUCAUAAAAUGGCCUAGUUAUAUUUAUUUGCUCUUUGACUAAAAUGUUUAGCUGUAUUAUCGCUAAACAUGCCGGUUUUGAGAAUUUGAUUUGCAACUAGGUUUCAACGCCAUCAUCCCAUUGAAAACAUCAGGUCACGUGUCGGCUAGUUUCCUACCCAUGUAUUUUAUUAUCCAUGGGUGUACACUACUUGCAUACGUCACGUCGUUGACUUUGGCCCGUUCUAAGCCCUAACUUGCCAUGGGGGUCGUGAGCUAGACCGCUCCACCUCCCCUAAAUUUGCUCCCACUAUCUCCGCCAAAAUCCGGCUUUGGUUCAGACUCUCUCCAAAAUAAAUGUGUCGAUAGUUUUCCUUCGAUUUUAACAAACUUCUGAUUCCAUAUAUUGAAAUUCAUUGUAUUCGAUGUACUUUUCAAAGACAGGUUUUAAUGGACCUAUUCCCUAAUGAACAAAAUUUUGAUCUAGACAAGUCUAGACAAACAUUUGAUAACAGCUUGAAAGAGCAUCACAAAAUUAGUAACAUUCCGAAGUUUGGUUGCGAAAUGUUGUAAAAUGCGGAUAAUAUAGCCCUGCGAAGUUUGCCGUUUUUCAGUCAUUUUGUAUUACGCAUGCGAAAUUGAUACCUUUUCUCGGUAAGCGGUAUCAAUUUCCCGCGCGUAAUCUAAAAUGACUGAAAAACGGCAAACUUCGCAAGGCUAUAUUAUCCGCAUUUAACAACAUUUCGCAACGAAACUUCGGAAUAUCACUAAUUUUGUGAUGCUCUUUCAAGCUGUGAUCAAAUGUUUGUCUAGAUCAAAAUUUUGUUCAUUAGGGAAUAGGUCCAUUUAAAUUGAAUCUCAAUUAUUGAUAUUGGAGUGACCCUUUACUUUUUAGUGAGAAUUCAAACCUUUUACCAAUGUUAGAGAACAGCAUGAAAUAUUAUCAGAAAUGUGUUGCUCGUUCUGCAAUCUUGAAUAACGUUCUUACUUCGCCAUACAAGGUAAAAAUUAUGCAGAAUUACAGGAAUUUGAAAAGUUUAAAAAGUUGUAAACAAAAAAACAUUCAAGCCGCUUUAAAUGGAAUAUGAAAAUUCAUUUUCCAGGUACACAUGUAACACGAAAAUAUUUCAGUAUUAACUUGGCUUUCACAUAAUUUCUUAUAGUUACUGUAUAUUAGGUUACCUACUUGAGGAUGCAUAGUUUCAGCUUAUUUACAUGUAUUUUGUUUAUGUUUAUAUUCCAGGACCUGACUGUGGGAGAUGUAGAUAGAAUAAAAGGUUUUGCUGAACAUUUACGCCAGAUAACUCAAAGACAAAGAGAAAGCAUCUCAACUGUUGGCAAAUUACUUUCUGAACUGAGGUAAGUCAUACAAGUUAGGUUCAUAAAGCCAUUUAGUAGGUUAGUUGCAAUAUAUUUGCGCCAAGAUAUAAGAACAUUAAUUUCUUAUUGUUGGACACAAAUGUCUAAUCAGGCAAAUUUAUAGCUAUCUUUUCGUUGGGAGAAAGUUAACCAUAAAUAACAACUUUUGUCAUUAUCAAUUACAAAUAUCAAAUGGCAUCUUUUUACCUCCUUGAUAUUAGUUUAGAAUGUGGACAAAUCUGAAAAUUUCCAUUUUUAUGCGUAAAUGGGUAUGAUGAAGUAAAGUCGACGUACUGGGUAGUUUCUUGUUCAUGUAUCUCGAAAUAAUUAAACCCGUGAUCGAACUAGGAGUUUACCAGUUGUUUGGAUGUAAAACAUCUUAUUAUUAAUUUACAUUAUUUGGGCAUUCAUUUAUCAUAUUGGUGGUGGUAAUAUACAGAUGUAAAAUAUAUCCACUACAAAACAUCGGACUAACAAAGGAAUUUUAAAUGUGUCAAAAUUAUUGCUUGCUGCUAAAGUGCAAUGAUGUUAAUAGUAAUAUAUUUUUAAAAAGUUGAACACACAAAGGGUCGUUAUUUUUUAGACUGGUAACAAGACAACUGAAAAAUCUUUCCACCAGUCGACCAUACCGUCUUCCACCUCAACACGAUGUUGCUGAUUGGACGGUAAGUAAUUAUUCAUUUUACCAACACUUUUUAGGACUUGGAAUGUUCCAUGAGCAUUUCCAGCAAAAGCCCUUUUGUCAGAGAAAGGAAGGUAGUCUUAGACAGUGGGAUUGCUAAGGCUCCUAGCUGCCUCAAAACGCUUGCCCUACGGAGAAUAGACACCCAAAAUACUUCUUUAUUACCUCUACAACUAUUGCUGCCAUGGCUAGGAUUCCUUAAUUGGGGGGGGGGGGUGGUUGUUUUUUUGGGGGGGGGGGGGUUGUUGUUUAGCACAUCAUUAAAGCCUGUAAACGUUACUAAACCAUUAUUAAAAUUUGUAUAUAUAUUUCAAGAUUAAAACUCGUUACUAAUUAAUUUCACCUUAUUGCAAUGAGUUUCUUAUUUUUUUAACAGUUAAAACUACAUAAACUACUAAACAGUGGCCUUGAGACGUCAGAAAACCUUCUAUGUUUGCUUGAAACUUGUCCUGAAUCUAAAAUUGAUCUUACUAUGAGCCCAAUUUCCGAACAGCUGUCAGAUCUAUCGAAAUGUUGUAAACAAGACACUGUCUAUUUUCGCUUACAGAAAGACAUCGAAGUAAGUGUUAUAUUGAAGUUAAUGAAAUUACUUAAAACUAUACCUCAUGGGAUGAUCUUUUGAUCUUUUAUUCGGAUGAUGAAUUCUCCAUGACAACUAAUUCAUUUAUGUUUUGCGUUUAAUUUUCUACAAUUUAGACGUUUCAUGAUGAAAUAUCUAAGAUUAAAUCCAAAGUUGAUUUGCAGACAUUAUUGUUGAAUCCAGAUUCAAAUACCAAAGAGAAAGAAGACAGUGGUUUUAUUGCGACUUGGUAUGUAUACAGUGUAAUGGAGAGGUUGCAUAAAUACAGUCAUUUGCAUUCAAGCACAAACCGCAAACAUUUUCGCGCGUUUUUUUAUGUUUGAAACGGGGCCUUUACCGUUGAAAACGGAAAUGUUUCACUGACUGCUCAUGUGACUGUUAUGUACAUGCAGUGCAUAGCCUUCAGUUAUUUUUUAUGUUUUGAUGUGCCGAUAUUGUAAGAGCGACCAAUUUUUUUUACGUUCAUAUUUUUCCUGACUAGAACGGUAUUAUCAUGGGCUUGGAAAUAAUGAAACGUGCAAGGAGGCACAUCAAAACAUGACAGUUACGCCAAAAAUAGCUGAGACUUUGCACUGUGACACGUCACAUGAGCAGUGAAUACAUUUCAGUUUUCAACGGUAAACGUCCCGUUUCAAACGUAACAAAAACGCGCGAAAAUGUUUGCGGGCCGGGGCUUUGUGCUUGAAUGCAAAUAGCUGUAUUUGUGCUUGUGCACCAUGCAUGGUCCUUAUUGGACUUUUAUGGAGAACUGUUUGGAACUACCAGAGUUAUCGAGUAUCGAUUAAAAUGAGUUUGUUCGUUAGUAGUUUAAUCAUUUUUCUUCUCCCUUGCUUAGGUUUCACUUCGAAUGUUUGGGGGAAUCUUUCAAGCAACUAGAAAGAACAUUACUAUAUCUGGAGGAAUUUGUUAAAAUGGAUACAAGGUACACAGGAUAUGCUCGAUUUUAACUACUUUUGGAUAAUUAUCUAAAAAAUAAUAUUUUUUACGAAACUUCAAUAUUGUUAUGAAGUACUCGCCUGGUUCUAAUUCCUCAGCCACAUUAUAUCUUGGUCUCACUCCCGUUUGAGCGAAUUAAACCUUUCAAAUGCUUGUAUACAUAAGUAUAGCUUUUGCUAUAAUGCACAUCUUAAUGAAACUGAAGGUUUUUUAUUUGUGUUAACUUUACAACCUUCUUGCAAAAGACCCUGUGCGUCCCAGGUAAUUUUAGUGCAUUCUUUUUACUGUCUACAUUCUUUUUUAGAUUUAUAAGGAAAGUGCAUUUAAUAUACUUACUAAAUUUUUGCAUUGUAAAAUUUAGUGACUUUGGUUUUGGAAAACUGGCAUUUGAUUUGAGGCAAGAAAUUACAGACACUUGCAAUAAAUUUACUAGUUGGAAUAAAGAGACUUUCAAAGAAGCACAAAACGGUACCUCUGAAGGUAAAAUGAUGGCACAUAUUCUGUUAUAUCAAUUUUUCUUUGUUUCAUUGAAAAAUUUGAUUGACUUUUUGUAGAAAAUACCACAAUUAUAUAUUUCGAAAAACUUUUGAUUCAUACAGUAUGCCCAUAUCUUAAUUGGUUGAAAUAAUAUACUGAUUGCAUUCGUGUAGAUCUGGGGUUAAUCCCUUUGUCAAAUCUAUCUAACAUACCAAAGGAAAUCAUUGUAUGAGAAAUUUAUCAUUUCUAUUUCAGAACGAUUUUCUUCACUUCGCUCUAAAGUGGCAUCAACAAGGGAAAGCAUUCUCCUAAGCUUUCAAAAAUGGUAUAAAAGAAGAGAAAAUGAGAUAGAUGAAGCCAAGGAAUCUAUUGUUAGGGAAGGUAAACGACUUGUUUUGUCUAAACUGAACAACUUUAUCAGUUCUAAGUUCUAUAUUGGUAUAUUACAAUCAAUACAAUUGUUUUUAGUGGAAGACAGACUUUUUAGAACUUAAAAUAUUCACUGUCUUAUACCUACAAAAGUACCAAACAAUUAUAUCAUGGCUGUCUAUGCUGCAUACCAUAGAAGUCCAUUAUAAGUUACCCUUUAUUUCUUGGACUGAGGAACCUCUUCUGGACCUCAACUGCUUGUGCAUGAGAAACAACAAGUUAAUGUAUAAUUUUGAAAUUUAUGUAGAAGUUGAAGAUGAUAAAUACUUUGUUGAAGGACUAGACAACGAACUACAGGCAGAUAUAUCAAUCCUUAAUAUCCAGGAAAGAACAAAAGAUAUCAAAUCCUUCAUCAAAUUCUUCAGACAAGCAAUUGAUGGUCAAUAUAAGAAGUAUAACAACAUUACUUCCAUCGAGAGACUUUGCGAGAUCAUGGUUAGCAUACUCCCAUGCCUAUCUCAAUAUGUGUUACUUAUUGAGAACCAUUUCCAUCAAUUGUUACUCUGUCACAGAAGCUCUUGUAAACUGCACUCAGUAUUGUUGGGAAUAUUUUCGGAACUGUUACAAAAAGGAUUCUGUAUUCCUGCUGACGAAGAGGAGAUGGAAGGUGAAGGAGCGACCUCUUUCGAGGAUGCUGAGAAUUGUGGGAUUGGUGAAGGGGAAGGAAGGAAAGAUGUUAGUAAACAGAUUGAAAACGAAGAACAGGUAAUGGUAAAAUAAUAUGAGUAUUUGUUAAUAUGUUUCCCUGAUACUUUUAUUUAUUUAUUUAUUUAAUUCGCCUUGUACAUAUUACAGUGGCAGGGAAUCCACAACAGCGUUUGCCAAUUACUGCGGGCCAGAAUAAAUAAAUUACAACAAUACAUAUAUUAAACAACAAAGAACAGUACUGUAUAAUAUUUUCGACUAAUCUGCUCUGUUAAAUAUCAAGUUUAUUAUAUUUACGCUAUUGUUUACACCAAAUCCCCAUAUUCUCGUCGCUCUUGUUUUUAUAUUAAAUGUCAAUCACGCUAUAAUUGUCUUUAGUGUCAUUACUAUAAAUAUCAAUGUCAAAUAGUUAAUUCCCGGUUAUAUUAAAGUUUAUAGUUUAUCUACACUCCCCCCUUGACCAUUGCGUCAGCGUUGGUCAAAAGGUCUGCGAACAGUAUCUGCUUUGAUAGCUGCCUUUCGUCUAGCUGGUUUCGAUGAUUCAACUGUUUCGUUCUUUUCUUCAGAUAAUUUCUACUGCUCGCUAACUGUGUUACUAUUCACUUCCAAUGGACAAAGUCUUUGAACUGGUCUUCGUAGGAUCGUAUGGGAUCCCUUCUUUGUAACUGUUCUCAAUACAGCUCCUCUUGUCUCUCCAUCUCUACCUUUCAUCAAUUCCUUAACUUCUGCAAGUUUCCAUUUCGAUCUCGGUAGUCCAUCAUCCUUUAUCAAUACAACAUCUCCUACUUGAAUUCUUCUCCUUGAUUUGGUGGAUUUGCUAUUGUGAAAUUCUCUCAAGUCUACUAAGUAUUCUCUAGACCAUCGUUUCCAAAAAUGUUCCAGUAAUUUGCUUAGAUAACGUGCUCUACGUUUGAACGUUGCUUCCGAACUUUCGUCAUCACUAAGCUGACCUUCACUUGGUAAUGUGGCAAGUCGUCUCCCGAUAGUCAGGUGUGAAGGAGUUAAUGGUUCCUCAGUUAGAUCUGGAUAAACAUAAGUAAUAGGUCGCGAAUUCAGAACUCCUUCGAUUUCAGUCAGUACUGUCAUGAAUUCUUCGUAACUCAAUUGAGCUCGUCCCAGAACUUUGCGUAAACUUAGCUUAACAAGUUUAACCAUUCGCUCGUAGUAGCCACCCCACCACGUCGCCUUUUCUAGAAUAAACUUCCAUGUGAUACCCAUAUUCUCUGCAAAUUGUUGUAGAUUUUGUCCCUCAAAUAUCUUGAUUAUUUCCUUGUUUGCUCGUUUGAAAGUUUUUGCAUUGUCCGAUGUUAUCGUGGCCGGCGUACCUCGUCUUGCAGUGAAUCUCCUUAAACAUCGGAUGAAAGCUUCGGUAGAGAGGUCAGGCGUCAGCUCUAAGUGAAGUGCUCUAGAUGUCGCACACGUAUACAAACAGAUGUAAGCUUUCUUCAUCUCCUUUUCGUGACCAUUCAUUUUCUUUACAUAAACCGGACCAGCGAAAUCUACGCCGACGUGGGUAAAUGCAGUUGUUUCUGUAACUCUCGUUUCGGGUAGAUGAGCUGGUUGAGGUGGUUGGAAAGUCACACCUUGGAUUUUCUUGCACGUUACGCAUUGUUGCAGAAUCUUUCGCACGAAUUGUCUUCCUUUCGGGAUGCAAUAAACACUCCUAACCUCUGCUAGCGUUUCUCUUGUACCACCGUGAUGAAUCUUCUCGUGACACGAUUUAACAACAAGAGUGGAAAGAUGGUGGUUUCGUGGUAGUAACACUGGAUGUCUAGUUUCGUCUGGCAGUGAUGCAUGAUCCAAUCUCCCUUUGCACCUCAGGAUGUGUUCUAUAUCUCCGUACACUCCGAGUUGUUGUUGCAAGGUCUCGUAGUUUGGCUGCUGUUCAAGUUCUAUUUGACAAUUACGAAUCCAAGUGUUCCUAGCUUCUGUAAUCUCUGCUGUAGUUAAAACAAUGUUUUCUGAACAUUGAUAAUCAUUGUGUUUUUCCUUCAGGAUCUUAACAAAUCUGAACACUAAAGCUGUAACUCUGAGCAAUUUUGCAAGACAACUAAACCGGGUAAUGUCAAUAAUCCUUGACAGGUUAGUGUUCUUGACAGACGUGGUUUCUUUAACAAGGUUGGUAGCUGUAGUGGUCGAUAUUGCCUUAACUCGUAGUUCCUUGAGGCAUUCUUCUGACUGAUCUUCGGUUUCCUCUAUUUUCUCUGACAUUGGGUAACUCUGUGGAGACUGCUUUAGCCAGGUAGGGCCGUUCCACCACAAGUCAUUGCUUACAAGUUCUGAUGGUAGACAUCCUCUGGAACCAAUGUCUGCAGGAUUGGUCUUUCCGGCACAAUGUCGCCAGUUUUCUGCAUUUGUCAGUUUCAGGAUUUCAUCGAUUCUGUUCUGAACAAAUUGCUUGAAUUCUCUAUUCGAUUGGAUCCAAUAGUAGACCGUGAUGCUGUCUGUCCAACAGGAAAUCUUUUCGAUGUCAAUGACUCCGCUGAGUGCUUCCUUGACUGUGGAAAUCAGACGUGCAAGAAUGAGUGCAGCGAUCAGUUCAAGUCUCGGUAUCGUUAUAGGUGUCAAGGAUGCUACUCUGCUCUUCGAAGCCACAAGACUUGUCAUGUAACCAUCCUCGGUUUCUACGCACAGAUAAACGACGGCGCAGUAAGCUCCCUUUGACGCGUCGCCAAAUCCAUGAAGAGUGACUGAUUCUAUUCUCUUAGUCGCAGUUGGAAAGUAAUAACGCUGAAUUACAAUUUGGUCAACUUUCUCUGCAUCAUCGAGCCAUAUCCGAAGAAUUUUGGCACUUGAUUGG